AACUGCCAAUUUGGCCAACAACUAAAUAAUUAAUUAACGAUGUGAUCCUACAGAAAAAUGGUUGGUCUUGAUUGGCGUUGCUCCUGGUUCACCGGAGAAGCCACAAUUAAUGAAGGGAAACAUGCAACUUUACUCCAUGGAUCAACAGUGUAGUCAGGCUCUUGAAGCUCAUGCUGCAUCCUUUGCUCAAUUUAAGGUGAGAUUUGAUAUGAUUAUGCGAUCCUUUUCUUGCUAGUGCUCAGUAAUGUUUAACUGGUUAUGUAGUUUAUGUCUUGACUUGAUUAUGGUUUUGGUUUGAUUGUACUUUAUUGUUGUUUUGGUUACCGAUUUUGUUCUUUAUUGUUCUUGACUGUCUAUUAGUACUAUUGUAUCGCAAAUUAAUGGCUAUUGUGCUUUAAUUUUAGACUUAUAUAUUAUUAGUGAUUAUUAUGCUUUAAUUCUAGACUUUGGCAUCUACUUGCUAUAUGUUUUCUAAGUGAAUUUGCAUACGCACGCAGUUUAAAGAGUUUUGAGGUGGUUCCUUUGGUUCAUUCUAAUUAGUAUAGUCUUUUUGUGCAUUGUACAUGGUUUCUAAAGAAGAGAAUUGGCUGAAGAGGUAUUUACACUAUUGUCGGACUGAAUGCAACUUUCGUCUAUCAGAAUCUGAUGCAACAUUACUGCAAAAAAGUUAUGUGAAAAUCAGGCAGGAUAUGAGGCAGCAAACCAAUGAAACUGGAGAAGUUACUACACCAAUUAUAGUAAGAUCUCAUGUUGCUACUGAGGAGGAUGUGAAAGAAGCAAUAAGGCUUUUCACCAUGUCUACAAUGGAUGCUGCUCGGUCUGGAAUACACCAACAAAUCAGUCUCACACCAGAAAUGGAAAAUGAAAUAAAGGUUUGGCUUGUGUUUAAUCCUUCUCUCCCUUAA